CUCUUUCCUUCAUCAUCCUGCUCAUUAUCAGUCUCCCGAGUAUGUUCAUGAACAAAGGGAAUUUUGUUACCUGGCCACGGUGGCCGAGAGGGCAUGCGGAAUCCCAAAAAGGGACUUGCUCUGAUUAUACUUGUCCUACCUCUCUUCACCUUUUGCCACCACAAUAAUGUCGUUCUCCGACGAUUCUGACCUUACUGAGCUCUCAUCUGGCGAUGACGAUGAUACACCUCUUGCGGCGAGCUCUACUCGAGGUUUGCGCAAAAAAGCAGUGAUCAACCCCGCACUGCGUGCUCCAAGGACCGUGUCGUACUCUGUGGAAUCAUUGUAUAGGAAGCUUUACGAUAACACCCUGGACUUGGAUCCCGAGUAUCAAAGGGAUGUCGUUUGGCCUGACGCCAAGCAAACACAACUUAUCGACUCACUUAUUCAUAAUUACUAUAUACCGCCUUUAAUUUUCGCGGUAUCGAUUAGCUCUGAGGGAGAAGAAAAACGAACAUGCAUCGAUGGGAAGCAGAGACUGUCGUCAAUACAGAGAUUUAUGGACGGACAUAUCAUGCACAAAGACUCGGUUAACGGCGGCAAAUUUUGGUACACUGCCUGCGCCGGAAAGACUUCAUCUCGCACCCUUCUCCCUCCCCAACUCAAAUCUCGAUUCAGUAACAAACAGAUCACUUGCGUGGAAUACGACGACCUUACACAUGAUCAAGAACGGGAGAUCUUUCGGCGCGUGCAGCUCGGCGUUGCUCUCACUCCUGCCGAACGACUGCAGGCCAUCAACGGCAGCUACCCGAUGCUCAUCCGUGAAGUUAAGGAAAGGUUGUCUUCUCCAUCAGGUUUAGAAGGAUAUCUUCCUUGGGGAAAUAGCAGAGGACGCGAUUUUAUGUGUCUAGCUCAAAUUGUCUACCUGAUCGAUUUCGGGGAAAGCAAGACUGAGCCAUCUACAACGAAAAUCGAAGCUUGGCUUUCGGAUAAGCGCAAUGUCACGCCUAAGCUACAGCGGAAUGUCGAUAACACCAUCGACGUGCUCUGUGAACUGGCGCAGGAUCCAGUUCUGUCUAAACCGUUCAAGACGCCCAAGGUCUCCCCUGUUGAGUUCGUCAUGAUCGCCUAUAUGAUAUUUCUCUAUCGCGACCAGCUUUCCAUGCGGCAGCUCUCUGAUGCUGUAGACCAGAUGCGAAAAAGCGUUAGGAGCGACUUCCAGGAGAUCCGUUUCAAUACCAAGGUGUACAAGAAUAUGCUAGCGUUCGUGCAGAGGAUGAAGAAGAUGACUUUUAAGAGUGAUGGGAAAGGGGAUCGACCAGCCUCCGAGGUCGCGAAGUCAGUGCCCAGGGUAAAAGUUCAAGAAGAUGUGGUCAUGGAGGACUUGCCGAGAAAAACUACCACGCCGAAAGGGAAGCAGAAGGCUGAACCAACUAAAGCAAGGAAGCGUAGGCGGGUCGUCGAUGAUUCGGAUUCUGAAGAAUGGACUGGGAGCAAGAAUUACUCGACCAAGGGAAAAACGAAAUCGGCUUCUACGAAGACAAAUGCAGCCAAGUCCACUUCAGGUCGGGUUGCAUCUUCUACCACUCGCACUACAACGAAUUCCAAAGCUGCUGUCGCAUCGGCACUGUCAACAGCAGACCAUGCAUCACCCAUUCCGAAGGGAGGAACACCAGUGCCUACAUUACCCAAAGCUAGGACUGCAACCAAACCCAAAGUUUCCACGAUAUCCACAGAUGUGUCGUCGAGUCUUCCACAGACUGCCACGCCACGAAUCAAAACGCUCAACAGCGCUACCACCCUCAAUGGAUCGCCAAUAUUGCCUCCAUCGUUGAGCCGAUCGACACCCAAAACACCCAUGGCUCCUCUGCCCAAGAUAAAUAAGAUCCAAAAAGCUGCCGAGGUUGAGGAAUUAUCCUCCUCUCUAUCAAAUACCAGUCUGUCCACUCCUGUACCUACACCAACUCUGCCUUCUGCUCCAGCUCCAGCUCCCGUAAACAUCCAGGCAGCACCACCACCAACAAGUGUACCUUCCCCUGUAAUCCGUGUGAAGGAGGAACCACGAGACGAUGGUCCAUCGCUCUGGUCGUCUUCGACCUUCUCAGGGAUGGGAACACAGGCCAACCCCAUCGGUCUAGAUCUGCUCGCACCCAUGAGGGCCGCAAAGGCUAGGCUUGAGGCUUCUGCGAGAACUAGAGAUCCUAGAUUGAACAAUCCCCAACCUCCGCCCAAUCCCACGCCGAAUCCGAAUCCCGUAAAUGGAAUCCCGAUCCCGAGUAUGAAUGGUGGCGGAAUACCAAUACCCAUCCCGAUACCUAUGUCCUUCCAGUCGAAUGCCAAUGGAUUCAGUGCGCCUGUACCUUGGGACAUGGGGAGAUACCCUGGUCCUCCGCCUACUAGUGCCGGUAGUUCUUCUGGGUUCCCUCCGCCGCCUUCAAGUGUGACUUCUAGCACUUUCGAUGCACCGAUUGAGAGAAGGUACUCGGGUUAUUCCUCGAACCAUAACAGCGACUCGCCAACAUCUCAUGUGAAGCGCGAGCCGGAUGACAGGGAUAGACGGACGAGUCAUAGCGGCCGUGGGAGGGAUCGGGGGUAUGACUAUCAGAGUCAGAGGGGGAGGAGUAGGAGCAGGAGCAGGAGUCAGAGUCGGGAGAGGAAUCGUAGGAGGAGUCGUAGUCCCAGUCCGAGAUAUGCACAUUCUCGCAAUGGCAUCAAGCCUUUACCUCCCCAGGAUUAUCGUUUUGAAAGCAGAGGCAGAGGAUGGGGAAGGGGAAGGGGAAGAGGAAGAGGUGGAUGGCGAGGUAGUUCCAACUCGUAUGGUGGAAGUUGAGCUUCAAGAACACAUUGAAAAGAUAUGAUUUGCUCAUGGUUAAGUAAUAAUACCUCAUUACUCGCAUAAGUAUGUUGAUGAUACAUUUUCGCUUAUGUUUUAUCUGUACACUUCAUACGUAGUUUUUUGUAGUGGCAUUACCGGCCACCUUCCACUCAUAUCCGUAUAUGGCACAUAAUGUAUUUCCGCAACCCAAUGAGAGAUA